UUGCAAACCGCAAAAGAUCGAGAAAUAACAGAAACGCUUAUAUGAAUCCUGUUUUUCUUUCAUUUGACACGCAAAAUUCAUUCAAAAUGUAGCUGUAAUACUUCUUAAAGAGAAGAAGCACCGAUCUGUGUGGUUUAUUUGCUCAGAAGUAAAAAUAAUGCGGCUGUACGUGCUCGGUGCGUGUGGGGUAGUGUUCCUUCUGUUAUGGCAGCUGGGGAUUUUCCAUUCCCUUUUUUUGACAUUGGCCUACAUUUGUGCUUCUGUUCUUGGCAUUUUAACUGGAAUAGUCAUGUAUCUUGGCUCUGGAAAACAAAAGAUACCACAAACUCCAAAGCUUUCGUCGAAAUUCUACGCUGUUUCGCGCUUUCUCGAGAAGAAAACCCUGAACGCCGUUCAAAGACCAUACAAGCACGAAACUGUCAUCUCGCGUUCCGUGGACAAGAGCAUCCAGGAGAUUCUUGAUUUCUUCAUAAGGGACUUCUGUUUGUCUUGGUUUCGGGUUCUUGGCAAGGAUGAAGUAGCGUUUGUAGAUCUAAUGACCGAAGAGCUAUGGGCUGUCAUUAUUAAUACAGUUGAAAGAUUGAAGAACGUUGAUACGGUGAGGUUUCUUUCUAGUGAUGUUGUCGAAAUCUUGACGACGCAUUUCCAAAACCUGAGGUUAGCAGAUAACCGGAUUACUACAGAAACACCUGUACCGUUUGUCUUACAUCCCUGUCUGUCAAGUAAGAAAGCUGAAGUUGAUUAUAUUAGAAAAAUCACAGAUGUUCUCUUACACUGUUUUCUGCCUGAGCAAAAUUCGAAUUGUGCUGGAAUGAGAUGUCUUCUGAGAGAGGUUCUGACGUUUUCAGUGAUUAAGCCUUUGGCGGAGAUGAUCUGUGAUCCAGAUUACAUCAAUCAGACAUUGUUAAUCCAUUUAGAGGCAAAAGAAGCAUUGACAGCCAAGCAUAAACCACGUUAUGCUUAUGCAGAGACCUAUGAAGACUUUAUUCGCAUGAUCAACACCUGUAAUUCUGUUGAAACUUUAAAACAAAUGAGAUAUCACAUAAUUGCUGAAAUCAUGCAAGCAACAACAAUCAAUAAUUUAAAAGGCAUUGAGAAGUUGAACCAAGAGGAGACAAAUCAACCUCUUAAGAAAGACUCUCAACUGAGGUCAAGAAACCUGAAGCGCUACAUCAACCAGUGUACUGUUGCCAAGGCACAGUGUGAGAAAAGAAUAAAGCUGUUGGGUGGCCCAGAUUAUACAUCACACAAUCCAACUGAACAGCAGAAAAGUCAAACUAUGACAUCAGACAAGGCAAAAGGUGUUCCAAAACCAGCUAAUAAGGCUACAAAAGUACUUGGUUUCAGUGAAAUUAUGGAUAAUAGUCUGGCUAGAAGCUUCUUCAUGUCUUACCUACAGAACCACACCCAUAGCAAGAAUAUGCUUAGUUUCUGGAUGGCAAUAGAAAAUCUCAAGCUAGUCAAGUCUACUGAAAUCAUCAAGAGUACACAAGAAAUCUACCAAGUGUACGUCACACCUUCAUCAGAGAAGUCCAUUAUGCUUGACACUACCUUGGUCAGAGACAUAGAGGGUUUUCUCAAUGGUACUAAUGAUUUGCAGUGCUUUUUUGAAGCACAGACAAAAGUUUACAAACACCUGGAAAAUAAUUUCUAUAGGAGGUUUGUUUUGAGCCAGGAGUAUUUCAUGCUUGUCUGUCAAUUAGAAGCUGAAAUGGAUGACUUGCGAGCACAACAGAAAGAUGAUACUCACCUUGAGUUGAACUGGAAUGAUCAAUUACCUUCCACUGAUGAAGAGGAUGCUGGACAUACUGAUUGGACUCCCAACCCAGUGCGCAAGCCAAGCACAGUUGAAGAAAGAAGUGAUUCCAUUGUCAAGCAACUGGAGGUUUUAGACCAAAGACUAGCUGCAAAAACACACCAAUUAGAGUUGACAAAAAGAAGUUAUGGUGGACAAGAAUCUGAGGAACUUGAAAAGAUAGAAGAUGAAAUUGGAGCGCUGAUUACUGAGAGGAGACAUCUUGAGUUUCAUAUUGAAAGAACAGAUGUUUGGUGUGAAAACAUUGGCAAAUGGAAAGUGUUGAUUGAAAGUGUAGAGUGGACAAAUGAAGAAGACAAGUCUAUUCCAGUCUAUAUCAUUGUGGUUCAUUGUUCACAAGUAGAUACCCCAAUAUCUCCUGGUACCGUUCCAAAAAGAAGUGAACCUGGAGCUACAUCUGAAGGAUGGGUGGUUUCCAGGAAAUUUAAAGAUUUCCAGAAACUUCAUACCAAACUCAAAGAGUGUUCACCAAAUUUAACAAAAGAACUACCAGCCCCCACUAAAAAGUGGUACAAGUCACUGGAUGAUGAGUUUUUGAAUAAAUCACGAAUAGCUCUUGAGGAAUAUUUACAGAGUCUUUUGGCUGAUGACAAGCUGUGUCUUAGUGAAGAACUCUACUCAUUCUUAAGCCCAAGCCCUGAACACUUGAGGAAGCAAAGUGAACCUACCAAGAAGAAAGAGUUUUCCUUCAUGUCAGUCUUGAAAAGCCUUCCUUUUGAUAUAAUUCUAAAUGAUGAAGCAGAGGAGGAAAUGGAGCAAGAAGACUGUACCCUUCCUAAGGAUUCUAUAGCUGAGCCUUUUUAUGGUCUCAUUGGAGAAGUGUUUGAGCUCAAGGGAGUAUUUAAGUGGCUUAGAAGAACACUGAUUGCCUUUGUUCAAGUUACCUUUGGAGGGACAAUAAACAAGGAAAUUCGAGAGAUGGUAGAGUGGCUUGUGUCAGAAUCCAUGGUUAUCUACUAUGUGAAUAUGUUUAGAGAUUCCAUGUGGCCCAGUGGUACACUUGCUAAACCUUUACCUACAAGAACAGCAAAGGAGAAAAAUGACACAAAGAUUAAAGCCAAGAAGAAGCUAGUGAAAGACAUCCCAGAGAUUUUACAGAGCCUUGUUGGAAAGAAAAACAGUAAACUUGGAACAAUUAAAGUUUUUGAGGCUUUUCAGGAUCAGAGGAUCAAUAAGCAUUUGUUCUAUGUAAUGCUAGAAUUGUGCGUAUUUACUCUGUGUCCUGAGGUGAAGUCAGAAAAAGUCAUUGAAAAGGCAAAACAAAUCAAAAGAGCAAGAGAAGCCAACAGGCCAGUGGCACCACAAUAGAUCUCUGGAGCACACCACAGGAUUCAUAUUAUGAUAAUUAGAAAGGCAAUUAAGUGUGGGUUUGGUUAGCAUUGUCUUUGCAUUAAUAACAAUAGAGAAGCCCAAUAAAGACCUCAUGCAUCGACAAGCAUGAAAGGAAAACAACCCUUUAAAAAACAUGAGCACAGUUCAAUUCUUUUUCAUGUCCAUACUGUCAGCCUUUUGUUGCUGCCCUCACUACAACCUCAGUUGGUGCUUUUCCACAUCCUAGAGAGAAUAGCAAUGACAAGGAAGACACCACACACAGGGAAAGCCAUUUGGAACUGUGCUUGCGUCAUCAUCUUGCUGUUGCAGUCUUAAUGCGUAAAGGUCUAUAUUUUUGCAAUAUUAUUUGAGUGGUUGGUUUUCAAUUGAAACCCACAGAAAUCAAACUCAUUUGACUCUUCAAAACAGGCCAAGUUCACAUGUGGAAACCUGCACUGAGAAUUUAUAACAUUAGAUUCUUAAUAUUAAUUAAUAUAUAGGUUAUGAUAGUAGGAAGAAAAAUAUGGUGGAUCAUAAUAUUGUUAGCAAAAAAAAAAAAUGAACUUAAACAUACAUCUAGUGUCAUGGGCUAGUUAUAAAUAGAUUUGUAAAGUUUGUAGCUGUACUAUGUGAAUAUCUUACUGUAAUUGUAACUUUAUGUUGUGAUUGGAUUAAUUACUUGAAGACAAUGGGAAGUCAUUUCAAUGUCAAGGCAUGGCAUACUGCGUUCAUGCUGUAUAUUGAGUACCAUUCAUUGUUGAAAAUGGCAUAAAAACUAUAGCCUGAUUCAAAACAUGUUGUCCAUUUGAAAUAGGGUAACAGGACUAGUAGGGUAUUGCAAGGAAUAAAUGAUUAUUAUUUAUUGUCCGAASAAUUUUUAUUUCUAAAAAGAUUAAACUGGACAGUAAAGUAAUUUUACUCAAA